GAGCAUUAUGAAAAUGAAUGUCAAAAAGGUAGUUUUUUAAGAUGUUUACAUUGUAUGAAACUUACACAGUAGCACAGUAAUUUGUAUGGCAAAUGUAUAACAUGUGUAUACUGUGUACCCACACAUAGGAUAGACUAGAGAUAUCUAUUGCACAUUUAAUAUGUCAUUACAUCUAUAAUUGAUGUUUAGUUUUACUUAAAGUUGAAAGAAGUAUAGUCAAGUAAAAUAUAUGAUGCAGAAUAAGACAUUCUAUGAUGAAAAUGGAUGAGGAAUGUGAGCAUACUUGUGUGAAUGACAGGUCAAGGUCAUGACUUUGUUAUUGUAUUCCUUGACUAUGAUAAAGUCAUUCAAGCUCGUUAAAUAUGGUUACAUUUUUAGUUGAAACCGUGUUAAAUCUGGUUUAGACAUGAUAGAGAUGAUAUAAGUUUAAUUGUGUGUUAGCUGUGACAUUCUACAUAAAGUUCAGAUAGAUUUGUCAAGACAGUGUCUGACUUAUAUAAGAUUUACAAGCAAACAUGAAAAGGAGUUAUAAUUCAGACAAUGUCUUUGAUUUAGUAGAAUGCUAUAUCUGCUUUAAUAUUGUGGAACUUAUAUUCAUGAACACAUACUUAUUAUGCAUUCCUGUUAUGCUUUAUCAUGUACAGUUUUCACGGAAUGAAGGGAAGAAGAACGGAAUAAAGCAGUGAAAGGAGUAAAGAUAAAGAUUCGUUCGUCAAAGACAGAGUUGCAUUUCCCUUGAUGGUUAUGACUCUAAAAUAAACUGACAUUCCCGUAAAAACCUGAGUCGUUGUAAUUAUUCAGCGUUUCACCUCACAGACAGUCACAGUGAAAACUCUCUCUCAGAAGAGUGAAAAGAACUCAGGGAAAUAGCCAACCUUUUCCUGAGUUAAACCGCCUCUCGGCUCUUCAAGUAAGCUCUCUCCAACGAUCAGACAAGAUGAUAGAAGGAGAAGGAAAAGCUGAGGGACAAACAGCAGUUGCAACCGACAAGGUGUUGCAACCAUCAGCUGAGGGUCAAACAAGACCAUCAAGAGAAGCAGUUGCAACCGACAAGGUGUUGCAACAAUCAGCUGAGGGUCAAACAAGAUCAUCAGGAGAAGCAGUUGCAACCGACAAGGUGUUGCAAUACCAGCUUGGCGUUGCAACCAAGAACUGGAAGGAUGCAAUAAUAACGUGGCAGAAAACAGCCAACAAUUUGAUGGAACUGUUAAGUGAUGAAAACUCAGAAUCAUCAAUAAUUAGAGAUGGUCGAAAAGGCACCCAACAAGCAAUCGAGAACGCCAUCGCAACUCAGGAAACGCUGGCAGAAGUCACAGCUGCCUUGUCAAAAGAGGACGACAGCGAGGACAAGCUUGAAGUGAUGGAGGAAAAGCAAUUCGGCUUGAUGAAAGAAGCCGCAAAGACAUUGAUUCUCUUACGUGGUGAUGUGGCCUCAGAGGCCUCCUCCACUGCCUCCUAUCAAUACAGGUGCAAAGAAAGGGUUGACAAUGGACCGCCAGCUGUCACCAACAACGAAGACGGACCUUUCGGGACGCAGACCGAUUUGGGUUGGAGUAUCAUCGGCACAGUGAACUCCAACUAUCAAGGCAGUUCAGAUGAUCCAAUAGGACUCACUGAAUUACAUGGUGUCAGCAAACAGAAGUCCGAUGCAGUGUUCGCACAGUCUAUCACCGCAGAGGAAGAUAUCAACCCGAGCCACAUAGUGAAACAAAUGGAAGCAGGUUUCAAUGCAGACACGAGUGAGAGGCCUUAUUCACAGCAUGAUGAAAGGUUCCUGAAAGUAAUGGAAGAUGGCAUCCAUGUUGCGGAUAAUGGGCACUACGAAAUGCCACUACCACUCAAGAUGGAGGAACCGUUGAUGCCAAGCAAUGUGUUCCAAGCCAAGAUGAGGCUACAAGGCUUAAGACGGAAGUUCACAAAGGAUGUAGUCUAUCACGAACAUUACACCAAGGUAAUGGAUGCUCUCAUCAAGAAUGAGUAUUCAGAGUAUGUACCAGAACCCAUGGACUACAAGAAAACAGUCUGGUACAUUCCACAUCACGGCGUUCAACAACCGAACAAAUUGAGAGACGUCUUUGACUGUAGUGUUCAGUAUAAAGGAGAAUCGUUGAACGAACAUUUGAUGACAGGACCGGAAAUGACAAAUGCACUGGCUGGCGUCUUGUGCAGAUUCCGGAUGGAAAGGCCAGCCUUCAUGUGUGAUGUGUGGUGGCCUGAUGGUGAUUACCAGCAACCAGUUCAUCACUAUAGAAGGAAGGCACACUUGUUUGGUGCUGCCUCAUCACCAGGGUGUGCGAAUUAUGGACGAAAGAAAACUGUAACUGACCACAAAGACAAGUGUGUAGCUGCAGCAAACUUCGUACACAGUGACUUAUACGUGGUCCAUGGUUUGAUCUCUGUUCCCAAAUCAGCAGAGGCAGUCGACUUGAUGACACAGACUAGAGUGCUCUGCAAGGAAGGAAAACUGCACCUGCACAAGAUUGUUUCCAACUCAAGAGAGGUAAUGCAGGCAGUGCCUAUGGAAGAACGAGCCAAGUGUGUGAAAGAACUCAAUCUACUACACGAUGAGCUGACGAUUGAACGAGCCAUAGAUCUGCAGUGGUGCAUAGAAUCAGAUUCCUUCAACUUUCGCAUCACAUUUGCUGACAAGCCAUGCACCGGAAGAGGAGUGCUUUCAACAGUCAUGUCACUCUACGAUCCUCUUGGACUGAUUGCUCCAGUGACAUUGAGAGGCAGACAGAGUUCAUUUGAUGAGCCGACUCAUCUAGUACCGCUAACUCCAGAUCACCUGUUGACUCAGAAAUCAAGGGUGAUAUUACCGCCGCCAGGUAACUUUCCACGAGAAGAUGUGUACGCCAAGAAACGAUGGAGAAGAGUACAACACCUAGCCAAGAAGUUCUGGUCUCGAUGGAGGAAAGAAUUCCUGAGCCAACUACAGUCAUGGCAGAAAUGGACGAAGCCACAGCGCAACAUGAAGUUAGACGACAUCGUGCCGACGAAGAACGAUAACAUUCCUAGAAACUCGUGGCCGCUGAGAGAAAGAAGUAUAGUCAAGUAA